GGGCGGCGCACACACGGCCGCCGCCAGCCGCCCGCUCAGAACGUCCGUGCGAUACGCUCUCGCGCCUGCUGCACUCGUCUACUAGCGGUCCAGUGCACUGUGAUCUGUCUACGCCGCAGAUUUCGCGCGGCAGGUGAGGUUGGUUGGGGCCGGCGUGGCCCCGGCCGCUCGGAGCGCGCUCGACGCGGUAUUGAUCGCAUCCCGUCCCGAGUGUUUCAAUGUUUAUAAACAGCCGGCCGCAUCUAUUAGGUCCCUCUUGUUUUUGAAACGAACGUUUGGCAGCGAGCGAUCCGGACGGCUGCUCCUGAAUGCACCGGCGACGCAGCGACCGGACCUAGUGCAAGUAACCUACAUUUGUGUGUGGAAAGACAAGAAUUUGUGAGGCUCGUCAUGUGGUAGAGAUAAACGUAUAGAUCUCUCCGAUAGAGCGUGACGAGGCAACAGACUGAGAUAGGGAUAGUUUUGGGAUAAGGAAGAUUUAAAUUUAAUAAACAUGGAUAGGGAUGAUGUGAAAGUUGACAUCAUAUUUGUGAGCGGAAGCAGAGGGUUGUAAAUUUCCGAGGGAAGAGUUAGCAGCCAUGCUGUCUUACAUGGUCCCGGUGGAGGAGAAGCCGCCGCCAGCACCAGGCAAGGGCCGGCUGGCGUUGGAGCUGGUCGGCACUCCCAGCAGCCCGGAGUCUGCCAUCAGGAAGGUGCGCACGAACAUCUCGAAGGAGUCCUCUACCAGCUCGUUCGCCAGCGACCUGACGAUCUCGUCAUCCACGCCCACAGGAGCGCUGGACAAGCCCAAACACAAACUCCUUAGCAACGGAACCAAGCACACCUCUUUGAAAAGGGUGUCCUUUGGGAGCUCCAAGGGGUCGAUGGUGGAGACCCUGAUCUACGAGAGCCCGCUGCAGGAGGAGCCGGAGAGCAGCCCGCCGCCGAAGGUGCAGGAGACCAGCUUCCCCUACACGCCAGUGGAAGACGAUUCGGAGAGGUCGAAGGUCCGCGUGUCCUUCUACCAAGGGGCGCGACCGCAGUGCGUGUCCCCGCCGCCGAAUCAGCAGGAUUCGCACGUGUUAUACGCGGCCUUGCUGUCAGCAGCUGCCAACGUAGACAUGACCGACCACGCUAUGUACAACAGACAGAUCAGUACGGAGAGCGGAUGGGACAAUCCGUUCCGCCCAGACGGCGAUCUCAGCCGCGAAGCCGACGAAAUCGUGUCGCUGAUCAAGGGCGGGAAGCCCAUCACGCCCACGCCCACAGCUGCGCCGCAGCUGCCCGUCUGCGAGGAAAUAGAGGAGAAGACUCAUGACAACAACGUCACCGCCAAUUCUCCGCCGUCGCCGCAGACGAAAGUGGCGAGUCCAGUGCAGCAGAGUACGCCGAAGGCGAUGAACGGCACGAAGAACGGCGCAGCAGUGCCCGAGGCACGCGCCGGGCAGGUCGAGGUCCAGCGCUCGCAGCCGCAGGAGCCGCAGCAGCCGGAACACGUCACCAUCAAGAAGAAGCCCAAGUGCAAGUGCUGCGUCGUCCAGUAAGGCCACAUAGCCCCCCCCCACGCUUCACACCGGUAACACGCUAUGCCUCCAGCAUAAUACUGCCAAACGUAUGCUGCAUCUAUUGGACGUCUGAAGACUCUUCUCUUUUGAAAUUCUAAUGCGAUCUUUUUUUUCAUCAUUUGUGAUUGAACCGAUAUCGCCAUUCGAAUGAAACUAUUAUUAUGUAGCGUGUUUUAAACAUUUCAUUGAUUUACAAUGAAGUUAACUUUUUAUUGAUAUAUGACGUCAUACCUACAUAAGAUACUUUAUGAUGAAAAACAACUUAUUUACAGUUCAUACAACACAUGCUGUUGUCAUCACUGUUUUGUCAUAAAUAUUUCCUUUUUCGUAUGUAAGCAAUAGUUUAAGGAUUUUCUAAUAUACUAUACGUAUUAUGUUGGAGUAUGUCUAAUAUUUUGAUGCAGUAUUUUGUUAGGCAGUAAACUUUUUCGGUGUUUACACGGUGCUGUUUCAUUUUCGAGCUAUUCUACGUUCGUGAGUCUACAGGUCGAUUUUCUGAGAUGGACACCAAUAGCUAUGUUAUGUAGAGAAAAGUUUGAUAUGAGCUCGUCUCUGAAUACUUUUCUCUGUAGCUAACAAUUUGGCCAUCUCAAACAGUCACCCUGUAUGUAGAAAUUUAUAAUAGUCCAGAAUAUCUGUGUUCAUUGUGCUAUUUACAUAAAAGUCUGGCUCGUACGUUUGUACUACUUAACGAGUAGUGUUUCGUUGAAUAACUUACAUCUAUUUCGAAGUUCCGUUUUGAAUUCUGUUAAGAUUGUUUUUUGAUAAUUUUAUAAGCUAAGUUUUUAUUGAACUUUUUAAUAGGGUACAAACUUAAAGUAUUUUUGUUUAGCUAGUCUGAGGGAAAUGUUUUGGACGUUAUAAUAUUUCAGAUUUGGACAAAAGUAUUUCGGAUAAAGAUGACACGCGCGGUACAGUGCAAGUGAUGUUAAGUAACUUGAUUUGUUAUCCUAGAGAAUCUCGGCACGGCUGCGGCAAGAAUGAUAAGAGCUUGCUAUUUAAGAGAGAUUAUGAAAAUGCUCUAAUUUAUCAUAAUAAAAUUUUAAAAUGUGACAAAAAUAAAACAGUUCUGCUCAUUUCAAAAGGAAACAUGUCAUGACCUUGGAAUCAUGUAAUAAUUUAUUUAAUAGCUGUUACUUUAAAGUUGAAUCUGUGUUGAAUAAUAUUUAUUGACAAUUUAUAUGUAUAUUUUUAUAUCUUUAUUUAUACAAAAGUAUUAUAAAAUCAUACAGUAAAUCAUAAUAUUGGAAAUGUCAGAUGUUUAUGAUCUGUGGGACUACUCUUGAUCAUAUAAAUUGGAUUACGAAUGCUAGUUCCUUGUAGACAAUUAAUCGUUUCAGUAGUUGUUAGUAAUAAUUCGUAAUAGUAGUUAUCCAUUAUCCUGUGGUCGAUCUAUGAUUAUAGUGUUUUCAAUUAUAAUAUUAUUAUUAUAUACUUUAAACACAAUAAGCUAUGUCUUUGUGUUUGCUCAUCAUCCGUCUAUUUUCAUAUCAGUAGUUCCACAGAAAAAUGUGAUUACUUGUAAACUGUUACUACCUACUGUUGUUAGUUUUUAACCUAGAACUCCUAUAGCCACGCUUGCGUCCAAUACUGUAUACACACUAGUUGUGGCAUACUACGAGAUUGUCGCUAAUCAGUUCAUGAAAUAAUCAAAACAAGUCGAUAAACACUUUUGAUAAAAUUAUAGAAUAAGACUGUAUUUUUUUGGGUAUAACUUUGUUUAGCGAGGUAACGGAAAAUAAUUUUGUGCAACUGGUUAGUGACAAUACGCCACCAUCAACAAAAUCUGCUGCCAGAUGUUAUAUAUUUGCUGAUGGAGGAUCUAGAUUGCAAGCCAUUUUAUGUGCAUGACAAACUUCUAUAUAAUUGAAGGAUAGUUAAUAAAAUAUGUUUAAAAUAUUAAUUGGCUAUUUUCCUUGAAAUCCAUCUAAUAUAAUUAAAGGGUUUUGUAUCGCUCGAAUGAGGUACAUAUAUUGAUGGGAUAGCAGAACAACAACCAGGGAUUAAUUACUAUGAGAUGACGGACCGGAGAUCCAAGAAAGGAUUAGGCAACUAGAAGUGCUCUUUUGAAAGAAAUAGCAUUUGAUAAGGUAGAUAGGGAAUUAGACAGGUCAUAGUUAGGAUGUCUGACGUUUGAAUUGUUUUGGAAACGAUAUUAUAAUUUGAUGUUUACUAGGUUUUUGUAUUUGGUAAAUCGGAGGUACCCCUCACGAGCACACAACGACGGGGUUGUAGAGCUUGACCGCUGUCAGCUGACCAUGCCUUCAUUGUGAGACGUGUGAGGAAACGACCAAAAUUAUCACCUUCCGACCGGCUUAUUGACCGGGCUACCAAAUGUCCAAAUUCGACUAUUUCUUUCAUCAUAAACCUAGAUUGUCGCGGUCAAGCUCUAGUACAGUUUGUGCACGCCUAAUUGAUGCGAAUGAUAUACGGAAUAGUGGCGUAGAUCCAACUAGGAUAGCUUGUUGUAUAUACUUUUGUAUAAUCCACAUCCAGCUGGUUGCUUUAGUCAAUCUGAUAAAAAAUCGUUCCGUUACUAUCAUUGAUUCCAUGUAAGCACUAACGAUUGAAUGAGAUAGACAUUGCACUAGACCAUUAGGCUUCUACGAUACUUGCAAGCGUCUGUUCUGCGAUAGAUCACCACUACGUUAGAGAUGGAGGUAUUCACUAUUUUCUUUCUACGGAGUUGGACGAUAAAGCUUUUCCAAGAAGUCUUACAUUUAAAAUCUCAUUUUACAUUCUUACGUAUUUCUAGAACUUAUACUGCUUGUUAAUUAAUGUCUUGUUAUUUUUUAUUAUUAUUUUACGACAAAUAGGUCGUGCAACAAUUACAGUGUGUUUAUUUUGGGCACAAAAUUAUUGUCAUAAUAUGGGAGUCGUCAUACAAUUGAUAAAGUUGUAUUAGGUACUACUCAUAAUUUUGAGUUGCUAUUUAUUUCUGGUGCUAAUUAUAUUGAUUUUGGUAUCAGUACAUUACACAUUUGGUUUUCCAGUACUUUAAGGAAAAUAAUACGUUUUUUUAUCAAGUAUACCGAUAACAAUUAUUAUUUUUACCUAUGUAUAGAUGUAUGUCAAUUAUACUACUGACUGUUCAACAUUUUUAAUUUAUUUAGAGCACACCAUCUUAAUAUGUUUAAAUAGUAUCACGACUCCCGUGAACAUAAUAAUGUUAUGUAUUUGUAUGUAAUUAUGUAAAGUAUCAAUAGUAAUGUCUAUAUGUUAAUAUGUGCUGUAUACAUUCUAUAAAAUUGAUGUGGUCGUUAAAAUAUGUUUCUUAAUAAAGUGUUUUAUUUUUAAGUAAAAUACUGACAUUAAGGGACUAUAUUUUAAAUAGUAGUUGUUAUUAUACCACCCUUGAUGUACGAUCUUCAAUGAUUAAAAAAUAGAUAAAAUUUAUGUACUUUAUAAUCAGUAAUCGAUUUGACGUGAAAUAUGUUCUUAUUUCCAAUGUUUUAAAUACAAUGUAU